ACAAAAACUCACAGAAUCAAUCACACUGAACUUCAUUCUUUCCUUCCUUCAUCUCUCACAUCACACCACCUUUGCUUCCAUCUCACACAAAAACCCAUACCCCCCAUUUCUUCCACCACACCUCCCCAAUCCAGAUUCGGCGUCGGCAUCACGAUGCCGAAUCCCACUACAACAAACCCCCACCGGUCCAGAACCCGAUCAUCCACAUCCACAUCCACAUCCCGUCCGGUCCAACCGGUCCAACCACGAACCCCCUUACGCCAACUCCUCCGAGUCGCAUCCGUAGCAAGCGGUAUCCAAUUCGGUUGGGCUUUACAGCUCUCUCUCUUAACCCCUUACGUUCAACAACUCGGUAUCCCUCAUAAAUGGGCGAGCAUCAUCUGGCUCUGUGGACCGGUCUCCGGUUUAUUCGUCCAACCAUUAGUCGGUCAUUUAAGUGACCGAUGCUCCAGCCGGUUCGGUCGUCGGAGACCGUUUAUUUUAGUCGGCGCGGCGUCGAUCGUGGUUGCCGUUGUUAUAAUUGGAUAUGCUGCUGAUAUUGGUUACUUGAUCGGUGAUGAUAUAACGCAGAAUUAUCGUCCUUUUGCUAUAGUUGUUUUUGUGAUCGGGUUUUGGAUUCUUGAUGUUGCUAAUAAUGUUACUCAAGGUCCUUGUAGAGCUUUACUCGCUGAUCUUACUUGCAAUGAUGCUCGAAGGACGCGUGUUGCAAAUGCCUAUUUCUCCCUGUUUAUGGCUGUUGGUAACAUUCUUGGGUAUGCAACUGGAUCAUACAGUGGCUGGUACAAGAUUUUUACUUUCACACUUACUCCUGCUUGCUCUAUUAGUUGUGCAAAUCUCAAGUCUGCGUUCUUUCUCGACGUUGCUUUCAUCGUGGUAACAACAUAUCUCAGCAUUGUGUCAGCUCAUGAAGUGCCUCUAAGUUCAAGUGGGGCAGGAGAGUCGGGUAGUGCGGAAGAAGCUUUCAUGUGGGAAUUGUUUGGGACAUUUAAAUAUUUUUCAAUGCCUGUAUGGAUAGUACUGUCUGUAACUGCUCUGACAUGGAUUGGAUGGUUCCCAUUUAAUCUCUUUGAUACUGAUUGGAUGGGUCGGGAAAUUUAUGGUGGUGAUCCAGAGGGAGGCCUUAUUUAUGAUACUGGGGUUAGAAUGGGAGCACUUGGUUUAUUGCUUAAUUCAGUUGUUCUUGCAGUAACCUCAUUGCUCAUGGAAAGGCUGUGCAGAAAGCGAGGGGCUGGUUUUGUGUGGGGAAUCUCAAAUAUCUUUAUGGCUAUUUGUUUUAUUGCAAUGUUAGUAUUAACCUAUGCGGCAAAUAGCAUUGGCUACGUAAGUAAAGGUCAACCACCGCCAACAGGCAUUGUGAUCGCAGCAUUAGCAAUCUUUACCAUUCUUGGGUUUCCAAUGGCUAUCACUUAUAGUGUUCCAUAUGCCUUAAUUUCAACGCAUAUCGAACCAUUGGGACUUGGCCAAGGGUUAUCAAUGGGUGUCCUGAAUCUGGCAAUAGUGGUCCCGCAGAUUGUGGUAUCACUGGGAAGUGGACCGUGGGAUCAGUUAUUUGGUGGAGGAAACUCUCCAGCCUUUGCCGUGGCAGCUGUUGCAGCCCUUUUGAGUGGACUCUUGGCUCUAUUAGCUAUUCCCCGAACUCGUACACAAAAGCCUCGAGUCCGCAUAUGAGGUAUCAUAUGCUGUUUUCUUUUGGCACUUAUUUCUUUUGAAGAGGAAUGAUGAAAAUGAACAGGUAGCAAGAAUUUGUAAAUAGUUAUUGUUUUGUAGCCUUAUUCUUGAGUUUUCCUCUCCUCAAGAUUCCAACCUCCACUCAAUUUCUAAUGAAUAAAUGAAAUAUUGGCUGUGUUUUUAUCUUAUUGGUCAUUAUUAAAACCAAUGACCUUAUUUUUGAGUGUUGCUAUUUUCUGAUGCAAAGAAGGCUUCGGGUAACAAAUUUUGUUUAGAUACCAAUGAGUUGAGAUGUCUGUUUAAAAUGUAACGGCCGGUUGGCUAUGUAAAACCACGAGCAACAUUUACGGGCUGUAAGGAAGGGGGAAUGAUAUUCUUGAUGUCUACGGAACAAUGUAAAAACAAGAAAUUCAUACAACUCUUCUUUUUCCAAAUAUCUUGGAAUUUCAUAUGUAAUCCAAAAAAUUGUAAACCAGUCUUGUGUCGGAUGUUAUAUUAAGGCUAGAUGCCGCGGGAAUGUAUGUUGGGCAUCUUGCAUAUGUUCCAAAGUUAAUAUUGGCACCUCCUUUUCCCACCAAGAUGAGUUAUUGCCGAGUUUGAAUCAUUCCACAUGGAAAAUUUAUUUAUUUCUAGACAAUGCUGAUUUUGCAUUAGUGCUAUCAUGAUGGUUUAGAAUCUCAUUCAUUUGUGUAAUGUGCUUGUAUUUUGCUGAUGUAAAGCUUGAUUGAGACCUGUCUUUACUGUUUCUUCCUCCUUAUUUGGUACACAAGUAUUUUCCUUGUUUUGAUA